UGGGUUUGUUUUUUUACUGUGUUGGCUUCGGUUUGUUUAGGAAGUGAGUCUACUGGUAUUCAAAAUUUCUCGAAAUGCUCGCCGCGACACGUCCGUGGAAUGCUUGCACUAAGCGCUUGUACUCGGAGCUGAGGCAGGUUGCGCCCUAUAUGCUGAAGGCGGUGCAGGGCAAGGCGAAGGAGGCGUUUGUGCUGCAGCGACUGCAGCAGGCGAAGCGGAAUCGCUAUGGCGAGGACAGCUGGUUUGUGAGCAGCACGCCCACGGCGGAGGUGCUGGGCGUGGCCGACGGCGUGGGCGGCUGGCGUAGGCUGGGCAUAGACGCGGGCGCCUUUGCCAGCGAGCUGAUGGACUGCUGUGCCAAGCAAACGCAGCGCGGCGACUUUGACGGCCGCAAUGUCCAGCAGUUGCUCAUAGAUGGCUAUGGACAGGUGCGCAGCCAUGCCAAGGGUGUGCACGGCAGCAGCACGGCCUGCUUGCUGGCCAUGAACCGCAGCAAUUGCAUGCUGCACUCGGCCAAUCUGGGGGACAGCGGCUUCCUGGUGGUACGCAAUGACAAGGUGAUAUACAAGUCCGAGGAGCAGCUGCAUGACUUUAAUACACCGUACCAGCUGACCGCGGCGCCAGCGGAACAGGAGGCGAAUGUCUAUUGCGAUCGCCCCGAAUCGGCGGUGAUCUCCAAGCUGUCGCUGCAUCCCGGCGAUCUUGUGAUCUUGGCCACCGAUGGACUGUUCGACAAUGUGCCCGAGAGCAUUCUGCUGCAGCUGCUGCGCCGCUUGCCGAGCAACAGAGAUGAGCAGCAAUUGCAGCAGAUCGCCAAUCGCGUGGUCGAGGUGGCUAAGGACUUCUCCACUUGCAGCUACUUCCAGUCGCCCUUUGCCAUCAAGGCCAAGGCCAGCAAUGUGCGCUACGAAGGCGGCGGCAAGCCAGACGACAUAACCGUGAUCUUAGCCAGCGUGGCGCUCUAAAGCGUUGCCCAUGAACACAAUUGGCCGCAAUUAUAUUUUACAAUUUUAAAUAACAAUAAAAAAAAAAAGG